AUGGCGCUUCUUCUCCGAGCUGGUAGAAACAGCUUCAGCUUGGAAGACGUGGGAGCUCACAGCGGUGCACAAGCUAAGGACUUGAAGGCACCACCAAUUUCAAGGGCCUCUACUUUACCCCCAGCUGGGCAUCACCAGACCCGGGGGCACCAGUUUUUGGAGACCAACAACCCUCCCUGGGGCCCCAUGCCCACAGGGAAUUAUCCACCAGGGCUGGAUUCAGAAAACUGCAUGAAAUGCCCAAGUGAUGAAUGGCCAAAUGAGAAGAGAGACCGAUGCCUGCCCAAAGUUAUGGAUUUCAUCUCUUACCAGAAUGACACAAUGGCUUCUGUAUUCUCCUGUGUCUCCAUCUUCGGAUGUCUUGUGAUUGGCUCCAUAUUUGGAAUAUUUAUCUCCUACCGGGACAGUCCUAUUGUUAAAGCUAAUGACCAAAACCUGAGUUAUCUCCUCCUGGUCUCCAUCCUCCUCAGCUUCCUCUCUGUCUUCUUGUUUCUUGGUCGUCCCAGUGAUGUCUCUUGUAGAUUACGUGAAACCAGUUUUGGAAUCUUCUUCUCCGUCGCCGUCUCUUCACUUCUCGCCAAGACCAUUAUGGUUUGUGUUGCUUUUAAGUCCACCAAGCCUGGAAGCCCCUGGAGAAAAUGGCUGAGUGUGAAGCUGCCCUAUACCAUAGUGUUGUUGUGUUCAUCCAUUCAAGUUGUAAUCUGUGUUAUCUGGUUAUCCAUCUCUCCCCCAUUCCAGGACCUGGACACUCAGUCUUAUCCUGGGAAGAUCAUCAUUCAGUGUAAUACAGGUUCAGAUAUCUGGUUCUACUCCAUGUUGGGUUAUCUGGGGUUCUUGGCAGCGGUGAGCUUUGUUCUGGCUUUCAUGGUGAGGACAUUACCGGACACUUUCAAUAAGGCCAAGUACAUCACCUUCAGCAUGCUGCUGUUCUGCAGUGUCUGGAUCGCCAUGAUCCCGGCUUAUCUGAGCACCACAGGGAAAUCCAUGGUGGCUGUGGAGAUCUUUGCAGUGAUGGCGUCCAGUGCUGGACUUUUAGGGUGUGUGUUUUUUCCAAAAUGUUUUAUCAUUUUAUUUAAAUCUGAAAUGAAUAGAAAAACUGACCUCCUGGGGAAAAGGAAGAAUUGA